UUUUUGAGGAUUUCAGCAGCUCUCUCAAGUUAUAAGAGCAUUCCUUCGGAACACCCAAGUACCUUCAUUUCUUAUUUUGAGGCCAUAUUCAUAUCCAGUUAUAUUUUAAUAAAAUUUUCGUUGAGACCUUCUUAUCUUGGGGAACCUCCUAUGGGUCCAUUUGGGACCUUAUAUCUUGCAAGAACCUGUGGAGCCUUUUUAGGGAACCUUCCUUACUAUAUUCCCUAUAUUAUGAUGCUAUCUGGAGUUUAACAAAAUUAUUACAGUACUCGCUUCGAACAAGAAGAACAUAUCUAUCUUCACGAGGAAGAUCACCCCCUUCCUUACGGCGCUCCAUACUCCGCCCAACAUUCCCCUCACUCAGCAUGUUCAAACUCACAACCCCAUUCUGGUUCAAUCAGUAUGGGAACAAACAACAAUUAUGAGCCAGAAAUGCUUUACCAAGUUUUGAAAAUUGACCCUGAAGCGAACGUUAAGCCAUUGUUUAUUUUGAGACGGCAAAUCUUCAUUAUCAGAAUAUUGGGUCUUUUUCCAGAUGAUACAACCAGCGUUGUGGUCCAUGCCGAAUCAAGCAGCACCGUUCGUUCAGUAAUAGCAAAAGCUCUCUCCAACGCAGGCAAACAAGCAGAAAACCCAGAUGAUUAUAUUCUUUUCGAAGAGAAUAUUCCUUCUAUCCCAGUACCUCCAAACUCAACUUCCCCUUCUGCUUCAGCUUCAGCCACAGCAUUAUCUUCGGUUUAUCCAUUAGAUGCUUCUGCCAAUAUUUUUGGUCAACAACCACCUUCAACUAGUGAAACAACCACAAAUUUCUUCUCUACUUCGACUUCAAUAGACCAGGCAACGAAGCUACAUUCUCAAUCACAGCAUAGAAUAUUGCCGCAUAAUGAGCCUAUAUUAGAUGCUGUAAUGUGUUGGAAUGGGGCUUCUAGACGGUUCCAUUUGAGAAAGAAAAAUGUGGACCCCGCUACAGGUCGUUCCUCACUAUUCUCGGCAAUAAUGAAAGGAGGAGGAAUAUCCCAACAACAACAAUCUCAUCAAACACCCUUAGCUCCUCGAAAGUCUCUUGGUCAAGGAGCAGAGGAUGGUUCUGGUCAACGAACAAAAUCGCCAACUGGAGCGAUUAAUUUAACAUGUAGAUCGUCUGUUGAUGUUAUCGAGCCAUCCGGGGCUCAUGCCGGAGAGAGUUUAGAGCCGGGCAUGCAUCCACGAGCCAAAUCUAUGGGGGAAACCUUCAUUGUUUGCAUUCACAACAUUAGCGAUAACCAUCCUUAUGCUAUAUUGAGAACAAGUGUGAACAACACUGCUAAAGACGUGAUUAAUCAGAUCUUUGCCAAAACCCAACGUUUCGACAUUAAAUUGGAAGAAUACGCUCUCGUUGAGGAGGUACACUGUAAAGAAGGGACAUCAAUUCCACACAACACAGCAGCUCAGUUAGCUUUUGGAGGAGGCAAAAAGUCUGUAGGUUCGAGUGGCACUUCUGCCCCCGUUAGAUAUCGAAUGCUGGAUCCAAACGAGAAUAUCUGGAAAAUUCAGAGUAGAUGGACUAGCGGUUCAGGACGCUUUUUAUUGGAAAAACGAGAUCAGGUGCCCGGGAAGUAUUUUGACAAGAGUCGGAAGCCUUCUGAACGUCCAAGAAGUCCACUCUUCUACUAUUCAAUGCCCUCCUGCGCCAUCCCUUCAGUUUCCGGCUCAAACUCUCCAGUGACUGGAGUGACUGGAAUAACUAUUGCACAGCCCUUCUCCAAGCCCCCAUCACACCAUGCUUCCUCUUCAGCAAGUACACCGCUAAGAAAGAUAUCGUUGUCGAAUAUGAGGCCGAUACAAAUCCAGAAGAGGAUUAGUCGAUUUGGGAAAUCGUUUACACUGGAUAGCGGUGCAAAUAGACACAAAGACUCUUUGGAGAGAAGCUGA